ACUCCCGGUCCGGCCACGCCCUGCCGCCGUUGCCAUGUCGCCCCGCGUGACGUCUCGCCGCGGGUGAUGGCGGCGGCGGGUCGGGGGCGGAGCUGCUUCUCCCUGGUCGCUCCCGCAGCCGCGGGGGCUGGCGGCUCUGAGGCAGGGCUGGCCUCGCGCCGACAUGAGCUGCUCCGCGGAUGCCGCCAAGGAGAAGCUGCUCUGGAACGUGAAGAAGGAGGUAAAGCAGAUCAUGGAAGAAGCUGUCACACGGAAAUUUGUACAUGAAGACAGCAGUCACAUCAUCGCGUUAUGUGGUGUUGUGGAGGUGUGUCUCCUGCACAUGCUGAAGCGCAGGGCUGCCGGGUUCCUGCGGACUGACAAGGUGGCUGCUCUGUUCACCAAAGUUGGCAAGACAUAUGCUAUAGCUGGAGACAUAUGCAAGAAAGUGCAGGAUCUGCUGCAGCAGGUAGAAAGCAGGAAAAAUCAGCUAAAUGGGCAGGAACCCCUCAAGAGGCAGGGGUCAACUACAAGCAAAACUCCUGUCCUGACACCUCAGGCCAUCAAACACAUCUGGGUUCGAACAGCGCUGAUUGAGAAAGUACUCGACAAAAUUGUGCAGUAUAUUGUUGAUAACUGCAGUAAAUAUUAUGAAAAAGAAGCUUUACUGGCAGAUCCUGUUUGUGGCCCAAUCCUGGCUUCUCUCCUUGUUGGACCAUGUGCUCUGGAGUACACCAAGCUAAAAACGGCUGAUCACUAUUGGACAGACCCUUCAGCAGACGAGCUUGUUCAGCGACACCGGAUUCAUGGAGUACACAGUCGCCAAGACUCUCCUUCGAAGCGCCCAGCCCUGGGAAUCCAGAAACGACAUUCCAGUGGGAGCACUUCCGAAGAUCGGUUUGCUGCUUCAGCAAGAGAGUAUGUGGAGUCUUUGCACCAGAAUUCCCGAACACACCUCUUGUAUGGGAAAAACAACGUCUUAGUCCAGCCGAAAGAUGACUUGGAGGCAAUUCCUGGGUAUCUCUCCCUUCAUCAGUCAGCAGAUAGUUUGACUUUAAAAUGGACUCCGAAUCAGCUGAUGAACGGAACCUUUGGAGAUUCAGAGCUGGAGAAAAGUGUUUACUGGGACUACGCAUUAAUAGUGCCUCUCAGCCAGAUCGUCUGCAUUCACUGCCAUCAGCAACCAGAAAGCAGAUGGACAUUAGUUUUGGUGAGUCAGGAUGGAACUCAGAGACCUCCGCUGCACUUUCCCCAAGGAGGACACCUCCUCGCAUUUCUUUCUUGUCUCGAGAAUGGUCUUCUGCCUCGUGGUCAGCUGGAACCACCACUUUGGUCCCAACAGGGCAAGGGUAAGGUAUUUCCAAAGCUUCGGAAACGGAACAGCAACAGAUCAGUGGACCUAGAGGAAAUGCCAGCUGAGGACACUUCUACAGACUACGUGUUCAGAAUUAUCUACCCAGGACACAAGCAUGAUAACAUAACUAUUAACUACCACCACUUAGCUGCCAGCCGCUCUGCCUCGGUUGACGAUGAUGAGGAGGAAGAAGAUAAACUACACGCAAUGCUAUCAAUGAUCUGCUCUCGGAACCUCACAGCUCCUAAUAGGAUGAAAGGUACCAGUGACAUGAUAGAGAUGCAGGGCUUCGGGGCAAACUUGCUUUCCUGGCAGCUGGAGCACUUCAGCCAGGGCUCCUCCUGUGUCUCCUGUUCAACGGGCAGCUCGCCCUAUGACAUCCCCAGCUGCUGCAACUGCAUCCAUGAUAGAGCUCCAUUAAAGAUGCUGUGUGAAAGCAUGAAGAGACAAAUAGUUUCCAGAGCCUUUUAUGGAUGGCUUGCCUACUGCCGCCAUUUGUCAACGGUACGAACACAUCUGUCCGCCCUUGUGAACCACACUAUUAUCCCCCCUGACAAACCAUCCAGUGCUACGGGAGGCCUGACUAGAGAGGUCUGGAGCAAGUAUCAGAAGGACAAAAAGAAUUACAAGGAACUGGAAUUGCUAAGAAGAGUUUACUAUGGUGGCGUGCAGCAUGAGAUUCGAAAGGAAGUAUGGCCGUUCCUGUUAGGCCAUUAUAAAUUCGGCAUGGCCAAAAAGGAAAUGGACCAGGUGGAUGAAGACAUCGCUCUCCGGUAUCAGAAGGUAAUGGCUGAGUGGAAAGCCUGCGAGGUUGUUGUAAAGCAGCGAGAGAAAGAAUCACAUUCUGCCACGCUGGUGAAGUUCUCCUCGGGCAGCAGCAUCGACAGCCAUGUCCAGCGACUGAUUCACAGGGAUUCCACCAUCAGCAACGAUGUCUUUAUAUCCGUAGAUGAAACGGACUCAGCAGAGCAGGACUCAAAAAGACAGGAUGAUCCAACUUUCACCAUGGUGUCUGCUGACACGCCAGCAGUGGUUGCUGCUGUUGAGCGACAGUCUGUAGAGUUUGACUCCCCCGACUCCGGGCUGCCAUCAUCGAGGAACUACUCUGUGGCCUCGGGCAUCCUGUCCAGUAUCGAUGACGGGCAGAGCGUCUCCUUUGAAGAUGGGGUUGAAGAAGAAACUAGCACUGACUUGGAAAAGACUGAUCCAGACAUACCACGUCUGCAGAAAGCCAAAUCAGUUGUGCUGCAGUCUCAGGAUUCUGUAUCAGAAGAGCAGCUGUGUUCCCAGGUGGAUUAUUUAAUGGAUGUUGCUUCUGUCUGCGCUGCAUCCUAUACAAUAGAGUUAUUGGACACUGUUGCCUUAAAUUUGCACAGAAUUGACAAAGAUGUCCAGAGAUGUGAUCGGAAUUACUGGUAUUUUACUGCUGAUAACCUGGAGAAACUCCGAAAUGUCAUGUGCAGUUAUGUUUGGGAGCACCUAGAAGUUGGUUAUGUUCAAGGCAUGUGUGACCUCCUGGCUCCUUUGAUGGUUAUACUUGACAAUGAUCAGCUGGCUUACAGCUGCUUCAGCCACCUGAUGAAGAGGAUGAGCCAGAACUUCCCCAAUGGAGGUGCUAUGGACACACACUUUGCCAACAUGCGGUCCCUAAUCCAAAUUCUAGACUCGGAGCUUUUUGAAUUGAUGCACCAGAAUGGAGAUUACACUCACUUUUACUUCUGCUAUCGCUGGUUCCUGCUUGACUUCAAAAGAGAAUUGUUGUACGAGGAUGUAUUUACAAUGUGGGAAGUUAUUUGGGCAGCAAAGCACAUCUCUUCAGAACAUUUUGUCCUUUUCAUUGCCUUAGCACUUGUGGAAGUUUAUCGAGAGAUUAUCCGUGAUAACAACAUGGACUUCACCGAUAUCAUCAAGUUUUUUAAUGAAAUGGCAGAGCAUCAUAAUGCUGAAGAAAUUCUGAGGAUAGCAAGAGACCUUGUCUACAAAGUGCAGACACUGAUUGAAAAUAAGUGAUAAUGACCAGACUGGCACUGUGGGCCUUGCUGUGAGCUACUGGAUGGAGCAUUUCUUGCACUGUAACUUCAAAACAGUGUUUUAAUUGCAUCUUCCGUGUAAUGUAAUAAAUAUCGGAGAGAUUUGUAACAGACUUUUAAAUAACUUUUCCUUCUCCAGAUCAGGUUUGCGUUUCAUAGUCCUUGUUACACUCACUUUGUAUUUCUAGACAAAAUCUUUUUGCAUUCUCUUUAUUUCCCUCUCUAGAAGACUAUCUACAUAUUUGAGAUAUCAAAAGGGGGGGAUUUGACAUACUAGAACAUUUAUAUUUUGACUUACUGCACCUUUAAAGCCUGGAUGCAUGUUGUGUGCUCUGCCAGAACCUUCCAUGGAGCCAAGGCCGGAUCCAGCACUCACUCAAGUGUUGCAAGCGCUGAAUUGGGUCCUUGGAGGAGCACAUUCGUGGCCUCUGUGUCUGCCUUGAACAUGGAAGAGAAUACGUAUGAGCUCCUGUUGCUAAAACAUUUGUAUCUGUAUUAGCAGCAAUUGAAAGAAAUAUGGUUACCAGCUGGCAGAAUGGCCUUAAACAAAAUAACAUGGUUAGUAUGAGCAGUGAAGAUCUGGCAGCAUCAGCUAAAACCAUCAGUUCAGCCCUUGUUGAUGAGCUUAUGCUGCUGAGUCUUCACGGCCUACACCUUCCGCAGACACCUUCAUUUCACUUUGCCAACUUGUGCUGCAGCUAUUCCCAGCUGACAAGAUCUGCCUAGUGUAAUUCAGGUUCACCCAAGUUUAGCACACAAACAGGUUCCUUGCUCAUGGUGGCCGCUCCCACACGCUCUGCAGGGUGCCAUGAAGUUCAGAUCCUACAGAUCCUACAUCACAGAGCAGGGCCUCGCCUCUGCCAGAUUACUCACUGUGCUCUACCAGCCUCGUCCUCCCACUCUGCAGAGCUUUCCAGGAGGAGUCUCCUUGGGAUCCUGCAGCCACAAACCAGGCACUUGUCUGCUUGAGCAGACAUCGGCACUUGCCAGAUGAACCAGCUGGAAUUCUUGCAUGGGAUCUGACCCAUGCUGCUGCAGUGCUGUGCUGGUUUGUAGAGCCAUCCAUGCCCCGUGAAAGUUCUCUACUGCUUCUUUUCCUACUUAGCCGCAUGCUUGCAGCACCAGCAGAUGUUCUGCCUCAUCCUGCCUAGAGAGCAGGGGUGACUGGCAGUCAGCUGGGGUCCUGCCCCAGAGCUUCAGGUGGGGCUGCUGCUGUCCUCGUGCUUCACCAAGUCAUAUAAAAUGAUCACCUGCCUUCCCAGGGUGUGUGAUGUUCCUAGGCAAACGUGUAUCUCUCUGUCAGCGAGAGGGAGGGAGCAGGGUUGUGCUAACGGGGGUUGCCGCAGAUUUCAUGGAUACUCCUGAUCUGUGUUCUAGGAAAACCUAGGGACUUAAGAUUAAGCACUUCAAGUAUUCCAGCCUUUACCAUUAGGAUGACAACUUCGAAUUUUUGUGUUUCUGCUUUUUGAGGGUGUUUUUUAUCUUUCGGAGCAGAGAGCCCUUGGUCCACUGAACCUCAUAGAUAAAAUAACUCAUGCUUUUGAUUGAAUCACAGAAUCAUUUGGGUUGGAAGGGACCUUUAAGGUCAUUUAAUUCAACAUCUUGCAGGGAAUAAGGAUGUGUUCAACUGGCUCAGGGUGCUCAGAGAAGUUUACGUGCAUUAGAACAGCCCACAUGAGCUUUUAAAAUCAUAUUUUAGCAAGAAAAGGGUGUAGGGAAUAAAAUUGUUCUGUUUGAAGAUUAAAAUGCCAAUGGAAGCUGUUUGCUUUAGAACUCUGGUGUUGUUAUUACCCAAGCAGUAGGUGCUCCUGCUUUUUGCAUGAGGCAAGUGUUGCCCUGGGUCCUCAUGAGCUUCAGCAUCGCUUAUACAAGAAAAGGUAGAAUUGGUUCUAGAAAGACCAUCUGUGCUUCAAUCUUUAUGAUUGCAGUAAACUGAAAUGGUAAAUAAUAGUCUGAGAAAGGAAAAAAAUGCACAUAAAAUACUUCUCAGCUCAACAGCUAAGCCCUCCCUUGAAUUAGUCUCUCAAAAUUUGAGGGGAGGGUAAAGAGAAACCCAAACCAAAUGUCCUCCCAUCACAGGUGCAGCCAGAUGCCUUCAGGGACGAGGCUGUCGUUUCCUGGGCUCAUCAGGCUCACGGUCACGAAACAGAAGUGGGAACAGAUGAGCCCACUCAGUGCUGAGAAAGGCACUGUGGAGGAGGUGGCUUGGAAGGAAAGCCCCUUUCUGCACAUCAUAUGCUGCCAUACCAGCUGUGGGAGGCACAAGGGGAACCGGGGAGGAUCAGCUCCAUUGCUCAGGAGCCAAGGAGGGGUCCUGAAGGCAGCAGUGCUUCGAGCUAUGUGUCAGGCUGCUCUGUAAGCCAGUGCAUGGCUGCUGAAAGGUCUCAACAUACUCAGUUCAUGUCUGCCCGUUCACUGGAAGAGUGGAAUAGGGCUUUUAAAAACGACGGGAACAAAACUCCUUCAAUUCACAGAGCCCGAGGAAGUGAUGUAAAAAACUAAAAAUGCACUAUUUUGGGAAUGUUCUAUACAACUCUCUGCAACCUUCACUGUACUUGUUACCAUGUUCUGUCUCAUUGUAUUUUAUGAAUAUUGUGUACUGAUUUAUUUUUGUUGGGAGCAGACUGUUCUCUUUAUUGCUCAAUUAUUUAUGUUUAAAUGUAACAGAUGAAUAAAUGCUUAUCGUCAAGGCACUGUGUGGAGCUCUUCGGAAGCAAU